AUGAGCUACGGGCGCCCGCCUCCCGACGUGGAGGGCAUGACCUCCCUCAAGGUUGAUAACCUGACCUACCGCACCUCGCCGGACACCCUGAGGCGCGUCUUCGAGAAGUACGGGCGCGUCGGCGACGUGUACAUCCCGCGGGACCGCUACACCAAGGAGUCCCGUGGCUUCGCCUUCGUCCGCUUCCACGACAAGCGCGACGCCGAGGACGCCAUGGACGCCAUGGACGGGGCCGUGCUGGACGGCCGCGAGCUGCGCGUGCAGAUGGCGCGCUACGGCCGCCCGCCGGACUCGCACCACAGCCGCCGCGGGCCGCCCCCCCGGAGGUACGGGGGCGGCGGCUACGGACGCCGGAGCCGCAGCCCCCGGAGGCGCCGCCGCAGCCGGUCCCGAAGUCGGAGCCGAUCGCGAUCCCGCAGCCGAUCCCGCUACAGCCGCUCCAAGUCUCGGUCCCGCACGCGCUCGCGCUCCCGCUCGACCUCCAAGUCCAGAUCGGCGCGAAGGUCCAAGUCCAAGUCCUCGUCGGUGUCCAGGUCCCGGUCGCGGUCGCGGUCCAGGUCGAGGUCCAGGAGCCCGCCCCCAGUGUCCAAGAGGGAAUCGAAGUCCAGGUCGCGGUCCAAGAGCCCCCCCAAGUCUCCCGAAGAGGAAGGAGCCGUGUCGUCGUGAGCGAAUGCUGCGGUCUCCUGUUUGCUAAAAGAAUAUUGGCCAGUAUUGCAGAUUUUAACUGAUUUGGCUGAUCCUCCAGGGACCAGUUUCUGUGGGCGUGUAUUGGAGCAGGUUUGUCUUUAAAUGUUAAAGAUGCACUAUCCUGUUAGAGCAAAAGCGAUCAGUUCAACUAUCGUUGUACUGACUGGGACAUCAUAUUCUAAUGGAUGUGGCAAAGGAAUUGCAAUUGAAGCAAUGAACUUUUGGAAAGCCAAAAGAAAGUCUACAGGUAUUGCACUGGGUGGGGAAAGGAUAGUGUGUCUUUAACUCUCAAAUUGUUUGGUCCUAUUUUUUAAAAGGAAAGGGCCCUAAAUAGCUCGGAUAAAAACAUCCUUGAUUGCCAAAUAUUUCAUUUGAAAAGGAUUUCUUAAAAUGUAAUCUAAUUUCACGUUGCUUUUGUUUGGAUACAGCCCUUUUUCCCCCCCCCCUUUUUCUUUUUACCCCUACCUCCCCCCCCACCUUGGUUAUUUGGCCAAGAAAUGAUAACUUCAAAUUUGUAAAUACUGAUUUUGAAAAUUUUCUAAUUGGGCCUUUCAAAACUUAAUGGCUGGGUGGAACCUUACUGUAACCCAUUUGUUUCACCAGAGCCUUAGUGAAUACAUACCUGAAAACUGAAACCAUGUGCGCUUUAGUGCCUUUUACAAGGGAAGGUAAACUGAACUUUUUUCUUUUCAAACCUAGAUAAAUCGGCAAGCAGCGUAACAGAGGACUUUGGGAAAAAGGACCACGAACUCAGUCCAUCGGUCCAUUGGAGAGUCCUUGGAAAGAGCAACUGGCUAUUGAAAAGGUUAUUUUGUAACAUUUGUCUAACUUUUUACUUGUUUUAAACUUUGCCUCAGGUGGCAAACUUCAUUUUAUGUGCCAUUUUGUUGCUGUUAUUCAAAUUUCUUGUAAUUUAGUGAGGUGAACGACUUCAGAUUUCAUUAUUGGAUUGGAUAUUUGAGGUAAAAUUUCCUUUUGUUUAUAUAGUGCUGACUUCUUUUGUUUGAAAUUAAACAGAUUGGUAACCUAAUUUGUGGCCUCCUGACUUUUAAGGGAACGUGUGCAGCCAUUACACACAGCCUAAAGCUGUGAAGAGAUUGACUCAACAUUGCCUUCAUUCCUUAAAAUUAAAAACCUACAAAAGUCAGUGUAAAUUUGUUUAUAUGUUACUGACUUUCAGACCUAAAUGGUAAUCUGAACCCAAAUUUGUAUAAGGACUUUUCAGGUGAAAAGACUUGAUUUUCUUAUUUUCUUAUUUUUUUUUUCUUUUUUUUUUUUUUUUUUGAAAGGACCGCUUACCAAACCCAAUUCUAAUCUCUUCUCUUGUGUAUUUUUGUGCACUAGGCGCAGUUGUGUAGCAGUUGAGUAAUGCUGGUUAGCUGUUAAGGUGGCGUGUUGCAGUGCAGAGUGCUUGGCUGUUUCCUGUUUUCUCCCGAUUGCUCCUGUGUAAAGAUGCCUUGUCGUGCAGAAACAAAUGGCUGUCCAGUUUAUUAAAAUGCCUGUCAACUGCACUUCCAGUCACCCGGGCCUUGCAUAUAAAUAACGGAGCAUACAGUGAGCACAUCUAGCUGGUGAUAAAUACACCUUUUUUUCCCCCUACUCCCCCCAAAAUGGUAAAUCUGAUCAUCUUCAUGUACGAACUUAAAAUAUGGAAAUUGUUAAGGAAACAAAUGGUUUGUAACUUUGUAAGUACUUAAAACAUGGUGUAUCUUUGCUUAUGAAUAUUCUGUACUAUAACCAUUGUUUCUGUAGUUUUAAUUAAAAUGUUUUCUUGGUGUUAAUAGAA